GCUUUUGAAAUUUUCUUCUAGGCUUUAAUGAAAAAAAGCAUUAUAGCCAACACAGAUCAGAAACUAUUUACAUUACAGAAGCCAAAUAAAAUGCACAAAAAUGGAAUAACAACUAUACUAUAUAUAUCCAUGGAUUGCUCAGUAUGUCAAGAAAGGCAUCACUCUUUAUACUUGGUGAGGUCACAGUGUGUGUUUGGUCAGGUGACCCCAGUUGCUAUGAAACACUGAAGCUCCUCUGUGGAACACAAUGAAUUAUUAAUACAGCCACCACAGUGAAUAUACAGCUCGCUUUCUUUUGACCGGAGAAUCCCACUGCUCACUAUGUCCUCUCUAUUUGAUCAUGGGUUGAUCAGGACGGCGGCGGUGGAGCAGGUGGUCGCCCCAAUCGCAGGUCACCUGUGCCACUUGGUGCUGCUGUGUGACGGAGCAGAAGAACCAGAGCAGUUCAUCCAGUUGGAGGCAGCAGCUCAGACUGUGGCUAGAGCUACUGACAACAUGGCAACAGUGGCCUCCAGGUGCGUAUAGUGUGGAGUUCACUGAGCUAAAGAAUGUAUUAUCACAUUAACACCAGUCUCUCUUUAACUUCCAGGCUAAUUGGUGACACAGAGGAUGAAGUUUUGCACAUGGAGAUGUCGUCCCUGUUGGAGUCGGUCACUGUGUCUGGACAACAUGUGCUGCUGGCAGCCCAGAAACUCAGCAUCCAGCCCAGUUUGACUGAGCACAGAGAGGAGCUCAUCACUGCUACACAGAACGUCUUCCUGGGAGUAGUCAAAGUUCUGCUAGUGGACGACGACGCUGCUGUCAGGAGGGUUGUAUCUGCCGCUGAUGGAGUCCUGGAGCGCCUCUCUGAGCUCGGCGCCGCCUCAGACAUCAAGUCUCUACUCAAAUCUUUCCAGGUGUUUUCAGAGGCUCUGCUUCUCCUCAACAGUCUGACGGCGGAGAGAGCGAACGCCUUACAGGACCCCAGACAAACCAAACAGCUCCUCGAUUCCCUGGAGACCCUGAGGAGGUGCAUCUCGAUGCUGCACACGGCCACGUGCACGACCAUCAAACACCCUACGAGUGAGCAGGCGCAGGCGGCCAAGAGAUACAUCCUGGAUAAGGUGCAGAGCACAGUGAGCGACAUUGUUAUGACCCUGAAAAGUGAACGCCACGUUGGAUCACUGGGUGCUUGUGGGUAUUACACAGGGAGGAGGAACAGUCUGUUGCAGCUACUCGCUAGUUCCUCCUCUAUCGGAGGCAGCGGCUUUGACAGCGUGGUGAGAGAUCUUGUGUUUCACUGUAUGGUGGUGGCAAACUCUUCUCGUAGAGAGCUUCAACAACAAGUGGUGUGUCAUUGUCGUCACAUCCUGCAGUUCUGGUCAGAUAUAAGAAGGAUUUUAAAGACCUCAGAGGAUCAGAGCAUUGAGAAGAUGUGCACGUUGUUGGCGCAGCAAAUACAAAUGCUCGACGAAACCUUGAUGAGCGCCGUUCUUUAUCAAGUCUUGGACACAUUUCUUACGGCGUCUUCUACAGUCGAGGAGCUUUUCAGUGUGACGAGACAGAUCCUGGUUGCACAUUCUUCCACAGAGAUGGAUCUGAGCUCUAUUCAGCCGCUAGUUGAGGACUUCAUAUCUUCCACGGACGAAAUAAUCCAAGUGGCGAAUUUUACCUCAGCCGUUGCCGUUGACGCGAAAAGUUUGGAGAACGUGGAGAACUCGCGAGUGUGCCUCGCGAGACUCAGGGCUCGGAUCGCGCCUCUGUCGCUGGAGCUGGCGGAUAAUUCGAUGCAAACUGUUCAAAAGCUUCACGAGGUGUGUCAACAGUGGGAGGAGGAGACCGGUCAGCUUCAGGAUGCUCUCAGCGAUGUGAUGGACGUGAGGGAGUUCACCAGUAUCGCUAUUGACGAGGUGGUCGACGAUCGGCGCGGGUGUGACGCGGCGUACAGAGAGCAAAGCUAUAAACUGUUUAAUGAACACGCGGCGAACCUUAUUUGUCACAUGAAGCUGGCGGUUCACUCGGUGAGGAGGCACUUGGAUAGAAGCGAUGACCCCAUCUACAGGAACGGCCUCCUGGUGCUGCUGAAACAGGUUCAAUCGUCUCGAACCAAAGUGGGCGAGUCGGUCAGAGACAUGCUUUUAGGUUCCAGUCUUAAUGUGGAGGUUUAUUCUGCUUUUUCGGAUGAUGUCGCCAUGGCUAUUCAGCAUCUUAAAGUGCUCAGAAAGGGACUUGACGGCCAGCAGCAUCCACAUCUCCUGAGCCCGCUGCGAGAGGGGGCGCGUCAGCCUGAAAUUAUGUCACGUGUGCCAGUCAAAGACACCUGUGAGCUGAUGAUAAGAGGCUCUCCUGUUUUGGAGGUUAUGGAGAGGGAUUCACAAACUGAACAUGAGGAGGAGCGCUCAGAUGAGGAAACCAUAGAAGCAGAACCGACUCAUAAAUAUGACACGGGUGAUUUAUACAUCCCAGCUGUCUCCGCUGAGCCCAAACUGAUCCACAAGCCUCUCGAAUUUGACCUUUUGCCCCUCUUGUAUGAAGUUGUGACUGUGACUAAAGGCAAAGAUGUCACAGCGCUCAACCGGGCCUGCACUGGCGUUCUCGAGCUGUCGAACUGUUACGCCCAAGCCGCGAAGGAAGCCCUGGCCGUCGUCGACGCGGUCGAUUGUCAGACGUUGGAGAGUUUCAGAGCGGAGCUGGUGUCGCUGACGCCGCUGCUCGUCCAGACCGCUCAAGAGACGGCGAUGAGCUCGGCGAUGAGCACGGAGAGCGUCUACAAACACAGCACGCAGUUCACCGACCUUAUUAACAAUACCCGAAAGGUUUUACUGCCAGUAGCCGGGAGUUGGUAUCAUUCUGUUUACGCCGAGCUGCGAGGAACAACGGCAGCCGCUGUUACGCAGCGACUAAACGAAGUGAUGACUUUAUGUGCUGACGUGGUCCAGCUCUUGACGUCAUCUGAUUUAACCUCGCAAAGCGACGGUCAAGAAACAUUCGGUGUUUUACACAACAAGCUGAACAAAGCCCAGAACAACACCAGGUAUCUGGUAGAGUUUUCCACCUCCCUGCAAGGACAGGUGGAUCAACUAGAGGGACUCUGCAUCCUCUGGGGCCUGUCUAUUCAGGUUUUGCUGAAUUCUCUUGAUAAGAUGUUGGGAACGUCAGCUGCUGUGAACCAGCUGAACCCUCAGAAACAACUAUCGACGUUGUCGGAGAACUCGCUUCGAAUCCAAGAGGCGACGAGGCUGACCAGCCUAAACUGUAGGAGUGCUUAUAAAUCCAAACAGCUAACAGGACACCAGGAUGAACUAAGAACCCUGACUGAUGCUUAUCUCAGAGCUGCCGAAGAGCUCGACUUAACGCCGAGCGUCAUGCAACUUGCAAAAUCUGAAUUCUUUCAGAGACAUCUUUUGAUUAAAAUCAGAGUGCUUUGUGGUCAUUUAAGCAAAGCGAAUAAGGAUUAUGACGCAGCACUUCGAAACAUUGUCAGCGUUGCUCAUUUCGCUGCCAAACACUUUAGGGAGAACGCAGAAGACGCGGAGCAAAAAUUUGACGACGCAGCUCAAACGCUUUUUGAAAAUGUAAAACAUGGGACCGAAAGAGUCGAGGCCUGCUUGAACUACGUCCGCGACCCGCGUGCCCGCUCUAACCUGAGAUCCAUCAACGACCGGCUGUCUUUUCAGAUCUCUGAUAUAAUCAGCAGGGCGAGGCUCAUGGUGGAGACUCGCUACAUCUGUGACACGCUCAGUCUGGAGGUACACAUUCAGUGCUGGGCGGCCAAAGCUCACUAUGUGGUGGAGGAGGUCAGGAAGCAGGACGGGAUUCACCAAGAGGCUAAAGAGAACAUCAGGGCCGGUCUACAGGGAAGAGCACCUGAGGAUGUUAAAGACGUGUUGGCUACAGUCCCAUUUAAAGUCAAAGAAGUGGAGUUUCCCUCUGACAUGACACCCUGGCAGAAAGGCAACACAGAGAGUGUAGAUGCUGCACAACCAAAUAUGAACAUGGCAGCCAAAUAUGGACCUGGAAACAUGGAAAAAUAUGACGGUGUGUUUGGCGCAUACAAAGAGGCUCCUUCGCUGACCUACACGUCCCUUUUUCUAAAGCAAGAAAGCGACAGCUGGGAUCCUAAAGACAACAGAAUUGUCCAGGUGACCAGGAAGAUGGCCGACACAUUGUGCUACAUGACUCAGUACCUGAGGAAGAAAGGCCCAAUACCGAAUAAAGAGGCUUUUGUCACUGCUGCCAAAGAUGUGAUCUCAAACUGCCAGUCGGUGACUCAGUUCAUCAGAGUCAUCGCCAACCACUGCCUGGAUAAACAGUGUACGGUUGAACUCUCCCUCAUAGUCGAGCAGAUUCUCACCAUCACCAACCAGCUCAACAUCAUCUCCAGUGUCAACGCUGUAACACCUGGGUGCAAAUCGUCUGAUGAGAUCCUGGUGAAGAACGCACAAAAUCUACUCCAGACGGUCCUGCGUGGGGUCCAUGCUGCAGAGACAGCCUGCAUCACAGGUUUGAAGCAGCCGGAGCCAAACUCAGACGGUGCGGAGGCUACGGCCUUGUGCUUCCAGUGGAGGAGGAAACUGGAGAUCCAUCGAGCCCAGCAGACCUCCAACCCAGAGACUGAUGAGCUGGGUUUGAGGAAGACCUCAUCCCACCCAGUAGCACCCAGUCUUGCCCCGCCAGUUGGCUACAAGUGACCAGUACCCCAUCAAAACACAAGUUGUUUCUCAAGAAGCCUAAGAAGAUAUGAAUCAUUACCAGUUAGACUUUCUGUAUAUACACUGUAAAAAAUGUUUUGUCUGUAUUUCAAAAUGACAGAAUUUUUUUUUUAAAUUACAUGUUUCAUUUGUGA